UUCAUUUCUUAUCACAAAUAUUUUAAAAUAUUUAAUUGUUUAUAAUUUUAAAAUAUGUAAAAACUAGACCUCGCAAUGAGAUAUUGCGGGUGGUGAUAAACCGGGUACAACCCGAUGUCUCCUUCUUUCAUUUCAAUUGCAAGUUAGGUCACUGGUUCCCCUGCAGACUUGCGACCAUCCCGAUUCCCACCCCAUCUCCCCUCCGUUCGACAUUCCCGGCUCCCAUCUACUAUCUUCAGCAUAUUCUCGCCUCUUCAUCUUCGAUUUUCGUAAUUGGGCCGGUCAAACAAGGAGGGAUGCUGCUAUGGAUGCCAUGCGUAGAAUUGGAUUCAAAGAUGCGAUGACUAGGAAAGUACUGAAUGAGUUACUCAAGACCUACGGGAGGGACAAUUGGGCUUUCAUUGAGACGGAUUGUUAUAAAGUCUUGUUGGACGCAAUUAUCGAGGCAUUAGAACAAGAACGUCUUAAAAUGGUUGAUGCCAAUGAGAACUCUACAGAGUUCAAUCAUAAUCUUCCAGCAACCGAGUGUCCAGAAAAUAUAGGACAAGAGAUUAUGGAGUUAGAAGUUGCUUCUAUACAGAAUGUUUCUGAGCAAGUGAAACAGGAUCAAGAAAAUGAACUUGGAGAACCGGAUGAAGAGGAGAUGAACAAAACUGAAGAGGAAAUGAAUCAGGAUGUGAUGAAUGACGGUCACAAUGCUAAUGUGGACUUUGAUCUGAAUGAAUUACCCCCGGAUGAUGCUGAUAACCCUUCAUCUUAAGAUGUUACGCACUCGUAUUACAGAUGUUAGGUGGGUUAUCUAAUGUGAGAACUUUAUUUCUAACUUUUCUAUUAUUAAAGAGUUAUUUGAGAAGUUAGUCAUUUUAAGUAAAUUGUGGUGUUUCAAGUCAAACUGUUAUGACCUGUAUUUGAUUAAAAAAUUAA